UUUCUCGGGCAGUCCUGGAGGGCCUAGUAACCGCUGGUCCAAUCAGAGAGCUCGGAUGACCUCGAGAAAAGCGGUUCAGUCCUGCGCGCGAAAAGUUGAAGUCUUAUCCGUUUUCGAGGAUCAUCGGGCGGGUUGUUUGCUUUUGCUCGUAUAUUGUAACAAUACUUAACUCGAUACAGCUACAUUUACAUACGUGAAAACUACAGACUCGGAUUACAUUUGUGUAAAAACCUUUGGUGUUAGGUAACUGGUAAUUUGGAGUCGUUAAUGCGUUUUCACACCGAAUAACACCCCAACAAAAGAUGAGCCUGCUUCUCUCCCAGCGGACUGUGGAUCUCCCUGCUGAGGGCCCUAACACAGGAAGUGACUCAGAUAGUGGUGUAGGCUCACCUAUAGAGGAGGCUAGCACGAGCACAGCAACUGUCAAUGAUGCUCAAGGAGAUUCAGAUGAUGACAUUGUCGUGAACCGGAAGGCACGUUCUCAGAAGGUUCUGCAGGACAGUGACAGUGACAGUGACAAUGAGAAGGAGGAAGGGGCCAGGAUGGCCAAGACUGUUGUCCUGUCAGAAUCCAGUGGAGAGGAGACAAAGACCAGCGAGGUUGAACAAGUAGAAAAGAGUCAGUCAAAGAGGAUCUCUCGCAUUGCUGUGGACAUUGAUGAGAGUGAGCCAGAGACAGAAUUGCUUCAAGGUGAAGCUAAGUAUGGGAACAAAAAGAGGGAGAAGUCACAGAGACGCAAAGAGAAGGAGAAGCGUCAGGGUGCUCUGCUGAAACGACUGAAAGAAAAGGGAAGCACCAAUGAAGAGUCCCAUCUGCCAAAAACUCUCAAUGAUAGUGGCUGUCUGCUUGGUGAUGGUGAUCUGUUUGAUGCUCAGCUGGAAGAUAACAUGUCAGAUGGGAAUAUGGAGGAAGAAGAGUCUCUAGAAGCCAUCAGAGAUGCUAUGAGGCAAAAGGCCAACCACAAGCUCCAUCUGCAUGAUGAGUAUGAAGCGGAGGAUGACAAUCCCCAGCGCAAGGAGAGAAAAGCAGCGAAGGCCAGUAGGGAGGCCAUGAAACAGCUCCACAGUGAGAGUCAGCGACUUGUGAGAGAGUCUUCUAUAGGACUACCAUACUAUGUUCCCAAGCCCAAGGAUAUUCACCAGUUCUUCAAGAGUAGAGCCCGUCCUGUAGGAUCUGCUAUGGCAUUGUUAAAGUCUGCCAAAUACCAGCCCUGUGUAUUAGAAGCCUCUGCAGUGGCCCACAGUGAAUGCAGCCUAUCUAAAACACCUGUGCAUAGUACAAAUCCUCAGGCUGACCUGUGCCUGGAAAGACCAAACCCAGCCAGCUGUGCCCAACCAGAGGACCCUGCAAAUGAAUGGGAGACCCAUGCUGCUAUUAAAACCACAGAAGACCAGCCAGGAGUUUCAUCAAAGGAAGAGCUCCAGAAGUAUACAGAGGAGGAAAGCACUAUUCCUGAUAUAGAGGUGUCAGAGAUGGCUGGAUCUCUAAAACAGGACCAUGAGGAGCAGCAUGUCCCAGUUCAGCAGUCUGAGUAUGGGACAGUGCCCUUGGAACAGGUUGCAUCUGCCGCAGCUGCACCAGAACCAGCAGUGGCUAAACCCAGGAAAGACAAAUUGGCCAGGCUGCGUGAUCUUGGUUUGGAACCACCCCCUGUAGCAAAGCUGUGUGCAGAUGACGGAGCUUUUGUACAGCUGGAGUGUCCUCCGGCUAACCCUGCUUUACAGGCACUGAAGGAGCGUUUCUUGAGACACAUCCAGUCUGCUCCACGUUCUAGAGGAGAACAUUCCUUGAAUAUAAGUGUGGUGAGAAAGGAUACCAUACCCUCUGGUAAGGAGGAGCUCCACACUGAAUCCAUCACAGUCACAGUCAAGGAAGAGGAGGAGCCUACUUACUCUAAGCCAGGGGAGAAACUGGUUCUGCUGAAGUCUCGUCUGCAGCAAGCCAUGGCUAUCCGCAGGCAGGAAGAAAGAGAACGUCGUGCUGCCCUUCAUCGACUUGACAAUGAAGACUGCGAGGAAGAGGAAGAAGAAGAGAUGACAGAUUCAGAGGAUGAAGAGGGUGUGGAUGAGUUAUUAGGUGAUGGUGAGAAUGAGGAGGGAGGUCUUGGGGAGGCAGAGGAGGAUGAAGAUGGAAUGGAGAGAGAGGAGGUGGCUGAAGCAGACAGAGGUGAAGCAGCCAAGCAGAGUCCUUCUGGCUUUAAAAGUCCCUCUCCCACCCCAGACACUGAUGGUACUCUGAUGCUGUUUGCAGGCAGCUCCUGUUCCCGAACAGGAGAUUGUGCCAGACAAGCUGGGCAAGCUGGUCAAGAAAGUGACAGCAAAAUGGAGGAUGAGGAUGCCAUCUCCUUGACUAAGGACAACAGUCACAACAGCAGCUUUGAGCUAAUUGCCGCCACGCUCCCAUCCUACCAGCCGUCUAACCGGGCAGCAGGUAGAGGCAUGUCAGCGGGUGUGUUCCGCUCACCCUCGCCCUGCCUCUUAAGACAAAGCUUUCUCGGUUCAGCCUCCAAGAGCUCUGGUAAGCUAUCUGAGCCCUCCCUCUCACUCCCUGUGGAAGACUCCCAGGACCUGUAUGCUAUGCCUUCCCCAGUAGAGCUUGCUCCCCUGGGUGGAGGCGACUCGCAGGGCCCCUUUUCCUUGGAGGAGGACACACAGUCUCAGCUGUUAGAUGCUGAUGGCUUCCUAAAUGUGGGUCCACGCGGUGGCCCCAGACGCUCCCAUAAGCGCCAGCUCCUGCUGGAGAGUCUGGACGAGAACGCCAUGGACGCCAAUAUGGGCGAGCUCCUGGGGCUUUGCUCCGGGGGCUUUGGCUCAGGCCAGAGCCAGUCUGGGGCCGAGGAUGAGCUGCUGGGCCUGUGCUCUGGAGGCUUUUCCACGCAGCCUGCAACAGCCAGUGGCACCCCCAGAGAGGGUAGAGCUGAGCUAGAGCCACAGAACCAGGACAGGGGCUGUCGUGGGAGCUCGGAAGGAUACAUGGAUCAGCUGCUUGCCCUCUGUUCGGGCAAGUUCACAGGCAGCCCAGCUGCGUCUUCAGAGAGAUCCAUGCGAAGUCUUGCGUUUGAGAAUGCAUCUGACAGGGACAAAAAGAAGGAGGAGGAGGAGGAGGAAGAAGAGGGAAAUUGUGAAUUUCGGCUGUCAGAUGUAGACAGUGCCAGUGAGAAGGAGGAUGAGGAGGACUCUGAUGGAGAGAAUGAGAGUGAGAUAGAAGAAGAGAGAGAGGCAGUAUUUGGGCAGCGUCAAGACAAAAGGAAAAUGCACAUCACUGAGUUUGUGGACUCUGAGGCUGAGCUGUCGGGCAGCGAUGUCUGCAGCGAGGAUGAGGAGGAUGAGGGGGGUGAUGAAUAUGAAGAAGAGGAACUACAGGAAGACCUUCCAUCAGACGAAGAGCUGAUGGACCAAGUUAAUAAAAUCCACAUGAAGCAGGUCCUAGAUGAUGACAAGCGGAAGUUACGUUUGUAUCAGGAGCAUUACCUGGCUGAUGGAGACCUUCACUCAGAUGGGCCUGGUCGAGAGCGCCGUUUCCGCUGGAAGAAUAUCGAUGAUGGCUUUGACUUUGGGGUUGAUGCUAUUGGUGAGGAGGAAGAGGAGGAUGAAGAACUGGAUCAGAAGGACCUGCAGAGGCAAAAGGAGAGGCUGGAGAGAGAGCAGUGGAUGCGCGAACAGUCUGAAGCUCAGGCUAAAAGCAAAGACAUAGAAGAGGAUGAGGAGAAAAUUGGAGAGGAGGACAGCCAGUUCAUGAAGCUAGCCAAGAAACUAACUGCCAAGACGCUCCAGAAGAGAGAGACCUCAUCCGUGCCAGUGCAAGAAAAGGCAGCCCCUAACCUCAAUCCCUUUCAGAAACCAUGUCAACCUGUAGCAAAAAGAGGAUCUUUGCUCAGUCAGCCGCAAGCAAUGUUGCAGAAGCUGGCCAACAUUUCAGAGGGCAACCCUCUCGCCCCGCGGAACUCAAGAGGAUUCCUCUUCCAGACACUGUCUCCAGAGAAGGAGCCACCUGUGUCCUCUGGCCCCAGGAAGCAGUUCAAGAAAAGAGGUCAGACAGAGUCUUUGGCCUCUGUCGCCAAGCGACCGUGUCUAGAGAAUUCCCUGAAGUUCCCUGGACCUCCAAGAAGCAUCUUCAGUUAUCUGGAGAACUGAACCAUUGCCAACUCUUCUGAUAUCACUGACCUUGCAAACCUGCACUCAUGUUGACUCAGCCCAUUUAAAUCUGGCAGUUCAUUUAUGCUUUGUUUUUGCUUGUUGUUUGCAUGUGUCUGUUUUAGAUGUUUAUCAUGUAAAUAUUACAAUUUUUAUUGAUUGUAACUUUUUAUAGAAUUGUAAAUUAAAAGUGUAUUUUAAAUUUGA